ACGUGGCAUGUCUGCUCUGUGGACUGUGAACCCAAACAGGACUUCUCUGCAUACAUGUCAACUUUAGCUAAAGCGAUGUCCAAGUUCCGGCUGGCUGUGAUCCAGCUGCAGGUGACCAGUGUGAAGAACGACAACCUGAGCAGAGCCCGGAGGCUGGUGAAAGAGGCAGCGGGACAGGGCGGCAAAGUGGUGCUGCUGCCGGAAUGCUUCAACUCUCCAUAUGGGACCAACUUCUUCCCUGAGUAUGCAGAGAGGAUCCCAGGAGAGUCCACUCAGGUGCUGUCAGAGGCAGCCAAGGAGAACAAGGUGUAUCUGGUGGGAGGAUCCAUCCCAGAAGAGGACGGUGGGAAGUUGUAUAACAGCUGCACAGUGUUUGGACCUGAUGGAGAGCUGAUUCUUAAAUACAGGAAGAUUCAUCUCUUUGACAUCGACGUUCCAGGCAAAAUCCGCUUCCAGGAGUCUGAGACGCUGACCCCAGGCAACACUCUGUCUAUGUUCGAAACACCGUUCUGUAAAGUGGGAGUGGGGAUUUGCUACGACAUGAGGUUUGCAGAGCUGGCACAGCUCUACGGCAGAAAAGGCUGUCAGCUGCUGGUCUACCCUGGAGCCUUCAACAUGACGACUGGUCCAGCGCACUGGGAGCUCCUUCAGAGGGGGAGGGCGAUUGAUAACCAGGUGUACGUGGCCACAGCAUCUCCAGCCAGAGACGAAACUUCUUCAUACAUCGCCUGGGGUCACAGCACUGUUGUAAACCCAUGGGGAGAAGUUAUCUCAAAGGCCGGACCAGAGGAAGCCAUCAUUUACGCUGACAUCGACCUGCAGUAUUUGGCCGACAUCCGGCAGCAGAUCCCGAUCACGGUUCAGCGUCGUGACGACCUCUACACGGUGAAGUCUUUGCAGGAGGGAUCGAGCUGAACGCUGUGACCUUGAGACAGAAGGUGCCAAGGUACCGACACAAACUAUGCAGCAGAUCUGUGCCGCAGACACUGUGUCUUCUUCUCCCUCUGAAGAGCCAGGCUUAAUCGACUUAAGUGAUGGAAACGAGGUGCAGUUGGGAUGACGAUGACGAUGAUGAUGCUCACUUGAACUGUGGUUUGUUUUGUGUGACGUCUGAUGCUGAGAUGAGUCGUUGAUCAAUAGGAAACUGAUGACAGAUGUUUAGCUGUUUUACUUUCAUCAUUUUCAUAUCAUUAGAAAUUAAACCUUUGGGGUUUGUUGAUAAAAUGCUCCAGUAAAAAAUAUUAAAUUGUCUUUUUCUGGCUGAAGAGAUUGUAUGGUUGUGGCUCCAGAGAUUUCAGAUAUAAAAAGAAUUCAGUUCUUCAUCGUCGUGUUUUCUGUCAUGAUGGAAAAGUUUCAUAGAUGUGUAAAAGUUAAAAUAAAACAGCGACAGGUUUGA